AUGGCUACCUCCUCAUAUCCUCUCCUCCUCAAGCAGCCCGUCAAGCUUGCUUGUGUGCAGCUUGCCACAGGUGCCGACAAGACGGCCAACCUAGCCCAUGCCGCUGAGAAGGUACGAGAAGCGGCCUCCGCAGGCGCCAAAAUCGUGGUGCUGCCCGAGUGCUUUAACUCCCCUUAUGGUUGUGACUACUUCCCCUCGUACGCCGAACAGCUGCUCCCGUCGCCGCCAAGCCCAGAACAAUCUCCCUCAUUCCAUGCACUCUCCGCCAUGGCUCGCGAUAAUGGCGUGUAUCUCAUCGGCGGCUCGAUUCCAGAAAUCGAGGUCUCUGCCGACAACAAGAAGACCUACUACAACACCUCUCUGACUUUCUCACCGGCGGGCGAACUGCUUGCGACACACCGCAAGGUGCACCUCUUCGAUAUUUCGAUCCCUGGUGGGAUCACGUUCCGCGAAUCGGACGUGCUGUCGCCAGGGAACAAGCUGACGGUUGUUGACCUGCCAGAGUAUGGGCGCGUGGCUAUCGCCAUCUGCUAUGACGUACGAUUCCCCGAGCUGGCCACUAUCGCUGCGCGCAAGGGCUGCUUCGCGCUCAUUUACCCUGGGGCUUUCAACUUGACUACGGGACCCCUGCAUUGGCGUCUGCUUGGUCAGGCGAGGGCAGUCGAUAACCAGGUCUAUGUUGCUCUGUGCAGCCCCGCUAGAGACAUGAGUGCUAGCUAUAAUGCCUGGGGGCAUAGCCUGGUGGUAGAUCCCAUGGCGAAGGUGUUGGUCGAAGCUGGCGAGGGUGAGGAAAUUGUGAGCGCCGAGCUUAAUGGGGAGGAAAUCGAGAAAGCCAGGAGAGGCAUCCCGCUGAGAGAACAGAGAAGGUUUGAUGUGUAUCCAGAUAUAAGCCAAGGGUAUGAGCUGAAGAGCCCGUAA